AUGAUUAAUUUAUAUUUAUUUAAAGUUAAUAGAAAUUUAGGUAGAAGUAAUAAAGGUAUUAUAAUAUCUAGAAGUAAACGUAGUUUUUUAAAUAAUAAAUAUUUUAUUAUAGAUAAUUAUUAUUUUAAUUUAAAUAGUAAUAAUAAUCAAAAUUUUUUUAUUACUAAGGUUUUUAAUAAUUAUUUAUACAAAAAUUCUUUAUUAAUUAAAUGUAUUUAUUUAAAUAAUAGUAGUAUAAAUAUUGAAAGAGUAUUUAUAAAAGCACAAAAAAUUAAUAAAGGUGAUAUUAUUAAAUUAUUUAAUAUUUCUUUAUUAUCAGAAGGUGAUUCUUCUUAUAUUUUUAGAUUAUCAUAUGGUAAUAUAAUUUUUAAUAUUGAAAAUUAUAAAACUAGUAAAUCAACUUAUUGUAGAUCAUUUAAUUCAUUUGCAACAAUACUUUCUUUUAAUUGUAAUUAUUAUUUUAUUAAAUUACCAUCUAGUAAAAUUAUAAAAAUAAAUAAAAAUUGUAAAGUUUUUUUGGGUAAACCAGAUGAAAAAAAAAUAAAUUUUUUUAAUAAAGCAGGUUAUUCAUAUAAAUAUGGAAUAAGACCUAUUGUUAGAGGUAAAGCUAUGAAUGUUGUUGAUCAUCCACAUGGAGGAGGAGAAGGUAAAACUUCUAUAGGACGUAAAUCCAUUUAUUCUAUAUAUGGUAAGUCAAUUAAAGGUAUAAAAACAGCAAAAAGAAAAUGA